AAUGAAAGGACCCGUCUUGCAACACUCUAUAGCUUGAACAUCUUGGACACGCUGCCCGAAGAGCGGUUCGAUCGAAUCACAAUGAUGGUCAAGAUUGAGUUCAACGUCCCUCUGGUUUUUGUCAGUUUGGUCGACCUGAAUCGCCAGUGGUUUAAAUCUAAACAAUGGGGCUGUCCUCUUCCGGCGGCAGAUGAAACUGGACGAGAUGUUUCCUUUUGCGGACAUGCCAUAAAUAUGGGAGACAGUGAUAUGCUCUACGUGGAAAAUGCCUUGGAAGAUGAUCGCUUUGCAGAAAAUCCACUUGUCACUGGUGACCUUAAUAUUCGAUUCUACUGCGGCUGCAAUCUGACCGUUCCCAGUUCAACCGGUGGCGACCCAGUCAACAUCGGUACCUUAUGCAUAAUUGACCAGAAGCCCCGUCAAUUGACGCCCGAGCAA